AUGCGUGACCCCGUCCUAGCGGCUGCUGCUGGUGCGGACCAUAGCGAGAAGCCUGCUGUUGCUGCUGUUGCUGUUGCUGUUGCUGCUGCUGUUGUUGUUGCUGCUGCUGGUGUGACUGGGGCGCUGGAGGAGGAACAGAGGCGCCUUGCCAAAAAGAUAGAGUGGAAAGCAAACAGCGGUCGUACCUUGCGGCGGAGGAAGGGCCAACAGCAACGAUCAACCAAGGAAAAAGAGAGACAGAGAGAGAGAGAGAGAGGAUAUACCCAAAAGCACCGACUGGGCGCGCGGACUGCUGGCCCAUCUGGUCUACAUGGUGAGGCUGCGGGCCAGCACCCGGAUGCCACCCAUCUUUACCCGACGGAUUCAUACGGUGCAACACGCCGAGCAGCCGGACCUCAGCCAACAACAGGUGUCAACGAGACGGGGCGGAGGGCACAACGGGAGCAGGAUAGCAGGUGUCGUCCUGGUACGCCGUCGACUGGAAACGCAGCUCGACCAGCAACGGGCCGGAAGAGUUUGAACUGGGCCAGCUCAAAACGAGUGGAGGGAGGGUCGCUUUCAGGGGCGAGCUGCGGCGCUGGACAUGGGACGAGGCCGCCAGAAUCGAGCGCCGGCAAGGCAGCAGGCUGGUCAGGCAAUCGCUGGAGUAAGCGUAAAAUCGUGUUUGCUUUCUCGCUGGAUCUUUCUUUUGCAACGGAAAAACUACAAAAAAAAAAAAAAAAAGGAAGAAAAAAAGACCCUAAGCUGGACGAGAAGGGAAAGGCG